CAACUUCAAUACGCUGCUUCCUGUUGAGAGGCAGAGUCACUUUUACAUGUAGCUAGCUGUACAGAAUACACUGUUCUACACUGUUUUUUUUGUUUUUGUAUUUUUUGUAAUAUGGAUCACCUCUUGUUACUGCUCUUAUGGACUUUACUGAACUCAGCAUUUUGCUUUACAGAGUUUCAUAAAAGAUCGACUGUGGGAGAAGACGUUGAGCUGCCUUGGAUCCAUUCUACAGACAAAGAUGUGAAGACUCUGGAGUGGAUUCAUUUUAAUGAGAGUAAAAUCCUGCUGGUCUACAGAGGAGGACAAGUGCUGAAUGGCUCUGAACACUCAAAGUUCAAAGGACGAGUCCAACUCAAAUAUAUCCCUCCAAAGAAUGAUUCAAGUGUGACUCUAAAAAAUGUGAGAGCUGAGGACAGUGGGACUUAUGAAUGUCGUAUGAGGUGUAAAGACUCGUUCAUAUACAGACACAUGAUCCAUCUGACUGUCGACCUGAAGAGUGAGACAGCUCCCCAUUCAGCAGAUUCACCAGACACUGUGACAGACGCAGCACUCACAAAACACAGAGGACUUUUUGUCACACUGGUGUUCAGUCUUUGCUCUUCUAUUCUCUUUUAAUUUACAGUAAAAAAAAUUGUAAAAAAUCCACUGUUGAUCACUUACGUUACUGUAUCUUGUAUAUAGGGCCGGGCACGUUAACGCGUUAAUUUUGCGUUAAGUAAUUAUGUCAUUAACGCCGACAAUUAUUUUAACGCCGUUAACGGAGUUUUUAUUAUUUGUUUAUUUAUUUUAUUGUAAACGUCUGUUUCUCACUGGCUUUUAUUUUUUAAGUUAAAACGUUAAACUUUUAAGUUUGACGUCUUUUCUUUACACUUUUUUUCACUUUUUUCUGACCAUGUGAGAUGCAACGUUUGUCUGUUUGUCUGUUUGUUUGUUUGUCUGUUUGUUUUGUUUGUUUGUUUGUCUGUUAGCAACAUAACUCAAAAAGUUAUGGACCGAUUUUGAUGAAAUUUUCAGGAUUUGUUGGAAAUGUGAAAAGGAAGAACUGAUUUCAUUUUGGGGGUGAUCCGGAAAAAAUCCUGGAUUCUGGAUCACUUUGAAAUUUUAGUUAACAUUGUGGUAAAUGGGGCCAAAAAUUUUGUUUCUCAAUAUCUCGGUUAAUUAUUGACCAAACCCCAUGAAAUUUGACUCAGGGAUGGACAAUCGGAUCCUCUUUCAUAUUCCAAAUUGAAAGAUACGAGACAAAUAUUUAUGGAAAACACAAUUAAUAUGAGGGGGACUGUAGUCCUUGGCGGAGGUCUGCGCUCUCUGAGUGCUUUUCUAGUUUCUUUAGUGCUGCAGUGGUAGUCACUAUACCAUUGGAAGACAAAAAAUGUGAUUGGUCCAUUUCCAUGCCAUUAUAUUAACCCUUUGUUUCCCAAGAAAUAUCAGUCCAAGUUUAUAACAAUGAUCUAGAAAUUAUUACUAGUGUACUGUUAAUUACUUAUGGUGAUUAAAAAUAUUUAAAAAAUAUAUUAGUAGUACAAAAGUCCAUUCAAUAUUUUUUCUUGAGCCAUCACUGAAUACCUUGAAGGCUCUGAGAGUUCCCCUGUGAAAGAAAUGCUGUUUGCACAACAAAUGUUUGGCUCUUUCAUUUACAUUUCCAAUAAAAGUGCACUAUACUCUACUUUUUAAUUAAUUAAUUGGUUUUGCGUAUAACAUGCGAUUAAUCACGAUUAAUUGCUCGAACUCAUGCGAUUAAUUGCGAUAAUUUUUAAAAUUUUUGCCCAGCCCUACUUAUAUAUCAUGCCUUUACUGUCAAAGUGACCUUUUAGCGGAGGAAUAGACUUGUUACUUAUAAUAAUUUAAGAUUCAUGUUUUUAAAUAAAUGUAAAUUUGAGAUUAUGA